UUACAACAACAAAGUUUCUAAAAUAUUAUUGUGAAUUUUAAUUAUAUUAUGAAUAUAUAAGACCUAUACUACUGACGGAAGUAACAAGAAAUCAUGGAGGAGUAUGUUAAUCAACAAAAUUUCUAUUUAGGGUGUCGUGUAUGCAGGCAAUUGUUGAUAAAAACAAAUAGCAUCUUUUUUGCAGAUCAGAUUCCUGAUAUGGAUGGAUUAACUUAUUCGGACGCAUUUAUUGAGUGCACUAAUUUAGAGAUAUCACAAAGUGACGAGUUACCCAAAAGAUUAUGUUCUGAUUGUGCAGCAAAAUUGACGAUAAGUUAUCAAUUUCGGAAGCAAGCAGUAGAAUCUGAUGGACUUCUUAAAAAUUACAGUGACUUGGAGAAAAAGGAAGAAAAUGAGAUGUACGAAAAUGCAAAAUUUCAGGACGAAGAGAUGUUUGAAUAUGAGACAUUAGAGGAACUAGAAGAGAAUAGUUCGGACCAAUUAAAGAAAGACAUUUAUCAAGAUGACUUAUCAGAAGGUACAGGAAACGAUGCUGUAUCGUUUUUAACUGGUAUAUUAAAGAAAGCUCCUGACUGUGCUAAUCGACAGCAUAUUGAGAUAAAAAAGAUUAAAUCGAAACCUACUGAUGCAGGUUUUGAAGAUCCAAAUCGCAAGCACGUUUGUAAUGUUUGUCAUAAAAAAUUCCAGAAAAGAUCCAAUCUUAUUGAUCACUUGAGACUGCAUGCCAACGUAAAAGUGUUUUCUUGUGAGCAUUGUGAAAAGUCUUUCGUCCAAGCUGGAAAUUUUAAGGCACAUUUAAGGACACACACCAAAGAAAAACCUUUUUCUUGUCCAUAUUGCAGCAAAUCAUACAGUCAAUCAAGCUCAUUAAAAAUUCAUAUUAGGUCGCACACUCAAGAGAAGAAUUAUGUCUGCGAUUUCUGUGAGAAAGGAUUUACAAAUGCUAGUGAUUUGGGAAAGCAUAAAUUAAUUCAUGAUCCAGUUAAGAAAUAUCGUUGCGAAGAAUGCCAAAGGCCUUUUACACAAAAAAUUCAUCUCAAAAAGCACUUAGAGAAGCAUCAUCCAGAUAUAAGCUUCGAGAUAGUAAUGAAGAAUGAGAAGUUCAAAGAUGAAACAAAAAUUAUAUUUGAAGAGUGUUUAGAGGAAACGAUCGAAGAUGAUGAAAAUGCAAAGGAAAUUGUAGUAAUGACAGCAUAAUCAUUUAGUUUUAUUAUUAUGUUUCGGAAUUUUCUUAUGUUUUUUCAAAAACUUCUCCUUAAAAUGUUUCUUGCGAUUCGAAAGUUUCACAUUUCUUUUACUAUUAAG